AUGGUGAUAUGUUGCUCGCGAGGUGCAAAGAACGCGGGCGAGGAUGUUUGGAGCGACCUCGGCAAUGCUGCGUACACAGGCAAUCUGCCUCGCAUGAUGCAGCAACUGAGCAGCGGCAACAGCGUCAAUACACCAGAUGAGAACGGUUUCACUCCACUUCAUCGUGCGGCGCAGUCGGGGAAUUUCGAGGCCUUGCUGCUCCUCGUGAACAGUGGAGCUGACGCACGCUGUUCAGCAACGAAUGGCGACACGCCUCUCCAUAUUGCCGCUUUCCACAGGCACACAGACGUUGUCAAGUUCCUGCUGGACACGGAUGCGAAGGCAGACAUUAACAAACAAAAUACGGAUCAUGGCAUGACGCCGCUGCAUGUGGCAGUCUACAGGGGUUGCCCCGAAAUUGUCGAUUUGCUUUUGGCGGCAGGCGCAGAUCCAGAUAUCACAGCGAAGGGCCAGACGGCAGUGAACUUGGCGGAAUUUUGGGAUUCGCAAGAGUCGCAAGGACGCUCUUCGCCCUGCGCCAAACACCACGACACCCUUCUUCUGCUUCAGAAUCGACUCAAGAACCCUGCCGUGUGA